AUUUCCAAUUUUAUGUAAAGAUUUUGAAAGGUAUUUGUAUAAAUAUUAUUUGCACGUGUAAAAAUAGCAUAUAAGGUAAAAGUAUACCAUAAUAAGUAUACUUUUAAUAAAAUAACAUGAUGAUUCUCGCAAUGAUUCAAAGAUUUGUGAUAUCGAACUGUAGAGGUAAAAUUGACAUUGAUACAUACCGAAGAAUUGUACCGAGUUUGAAUAUUUUGCGAGAAAGGACAGCAGUGAUAAAAGCAGAAUUUUCUAUAUAUCACAUGUGCAUAACUCACAAGAAACAUUUUUACAAUUCUACAAUCUACUUGGAUAAAGUUAACCCAAAAGAAAAUGGAAUUGGUAUUGUAGAUAACGUAUCUACGUUUCAAAUAAAAAAAAGACCAUCUAGGAGAAAUAGGACCAUAAUAAAUGACGACAAGAUUCCAAAGCUUAAUGCAUGGACUGUGAAAGCAUUAGCCACUGCCGAGGAAUACAAUUUGGAAACUUUAGCUUAUGGAUUAUUGGAUCAACAGUUAUAUAUUCCUAGUAAAAUCUCUACAUCAACUAGUCCUUUACCUGAUGUCGUACAUGCGGUAGCCAAAUAUGAAGUGGGACAUGAACCACGAGAGAUCUUUUUCUUCCGAGAAGGUAGCAUUGUUAUGUGGAAUAUUUCUGAUCUCGAAUGUGGCAACGUAUUGCAAUUUUUGAGACGUUACGAACAAAAUCGUUAUAUAGAAGAAUUGGUUCAAACCGAAAGCGAGUUAAUGAAUUAUACUUAUGCGGAUCCCGGGAAACAGAGUCACUUGAAGGAUGGCGAUAUUAUUCUGGCACAGGAAGCAGGAAAUUUGGAUAAAUACACGUUUUCCAAUGCCAUGGCACAAUCUGUCAAGUUAGGCAUAUGGGAGGCAUCGUUAAAUCGUUAUGUCGAUUCAAUUGAAUUUGUUACGGAAGAUCUAAAAAUUGGUAAGAAGAUUCAGAUGACGCAGCACGAGGUAUUGAAGAAGCAGGGUGAAUUGUUCGCUCUCAGACACCGUAUCAAUUUAACGUCGGAUCUGUUGGAUACACCUGAUUUCUACUGGGAACGAGACGAUUUGGAAAGUUUGUAUCAACAAACCUGUGGAUAUUUUAGCAUCGCAAAACGUACGAAAGUGAUGAACGAGAGAUUAAAUCACUGUUUGGAACUGGUGAGCAUCUUGUCGUCGCACUUGAGCGAUCGUCAUCACGUACGUUUGGAAUGGAUGAUUAUUAUACUUAUUAUGGUAGAGGUCGCUUUUGAAGUUUUGCAUUACAUCGAUCGGUACCUUGUAAAAUAGUGACCUAAUAAUAAUAAAUAAUACCCUUUACAUUGUAUACAAA